AUGGAUAAUGCUUCUUUUAUACAUUUUUUUGUCCUCUCUGGUAUAACUGAAACAAAGAACCACCGAUUUGCUAUCUUCUUUCUCACUUUCCUGUGUUACUGUGUGAUUUUGCUGGUAAAUAUUUCUCUUAUUGUAACCAUCAUCUUGGAUAAAAACCUGCAUGAACCAAUGUAUGUUCUAUUAUGUACUUUUUGCAUGAAUGGACUUUAUGGAACAGCAGGUUUUUACCCCAAAUUUCUCUGGGAUCUGCUCUCUCCUGUCCAUGUUAUUUCUUAUGCUGGAUGCCUUGUUCAAGCUCUAGUAAUGUACUCCUUUGUUUGCAGUGAUCUGUCUAUUCUUGCAGUAAUGGCAUAUGACAGAUAUCUGGCCAUAUGUCAACCACUGGAGUAUCAUGCUAUCAUGUCAAAGCAAAAACUCUUUUAUUUAGUGUGUCUCUCUUGGAUAACACCUUUCUGCAUUAUGGCUGUAAAUAUAUUUCUAGCAUCUAGGUUAAAGUUGUGCAGCCAAUAUAUUCGCAGGCUGUAUUGUGUGAAUUGGAUUAUUGUUAAACUUGCUUGUUCCCCAGCUGAAACUACUGUUAAUAGCAUCGUUGCAUACAUAACAAUAAUAAUCUAUGUAUUUCAUGGUUUUUUUAUCAUUUGGUCAUACAUGUAUCUGAUCAAAACAUGUGUGAAUUCUCUAGAAAAAAGGGCAAAGUUCAUGCAAACAUGUGUUCCACAUUUAACUUCCUUGAUCACUUUUCUUGUGUCUGUACUUUUUGAUGGUAUGAAUAUGCGAUUUAGUUCAAAUGAUCUGCCUCAAACCCUUCAGAACUUUGUUGCAAUAGAAUAUCUUCUCAUACCUCCAAUUAUGAAUCCAAUCAUUUACGGUUUCAAACUGACCAAAACUCGUAAGAGAAUUGUGGGUUUCAUUCAUUUUAAAAUUAACUGA